AUGGUCAUUUUUAGGUGUAACUUGACAGCAACAUCAACAACGACUACCUUUUAUGACUAUAAUUUAAAUAAAAUAUUGGAUUUUUUGGAUUUGAAUGCUCUCAAACAUGUACUUAUUAAUCUGGAAUUUCUCGAUUCUUCUGCAGGCAACGAUUAUUUUUCUGUUGGUUUGAUGGGAGAUGUUUUUAUAGCUAAAGAUGGUUCUGACAAGCAAAACAUUAAUAAAUUAAACAACAACAAUUCUCUACAAACAUCAACUAAUAAUGACAAUGAUCUUUUAUUUGUUUCUGAAAAUGUUGACAAUUCUGUUUUAGAAAUUAAUAAUUUAUUUGAUGACAAUUUACAAAAUAUUACUUCAAUUUCUAAUAAUUUUAAUAAUUUUGAAUGGAGAAGAGAAGGAAGUAUAGAAAUUGUUUUUACUCAGCAAACAGCAAAUAAUCUUCUUUUAAAGGCGUUUAGGGCCAAUCUAUUGAGCAUUUAUGUUGGUCAAAACUCUCCUUUAUUUGGUCCCCUUUUGCGCACUAGCUGUGAUUUAGACAAUGUUUGUUUGGGGGAUACAAUACCUGAAGCUAGUGAAAUAUAUCCAAACGAGCAAUUGGAAUUGAAGAUUUAUCCAACGGAAGCACCAAUAAUAAAUGUUACUGAAGAUCUGGCAACACUUUCAUUAUCAGGCGUUGGAAUAUUCUCUUUGGCUCGUGAUCCUUCUGGACAAUCAAUUGCUCAAAUUCCAUUUUUUACAAUUAUUGAAUUAAAUAUUGGAGUGGAAAAUGUUUCCUUGUCAAUCCCAAAAUUGGAAAUUCUAGAAAAUGCCAAUUUUUUCAAAGUUCCAGUAGCAACAUUACAAGAAGGCUUUCGUGAUUCUAUUCGUAAUGCUAUAAUUAAUUUUGGAAUAAAAUUUCUCAACUUAUCUUCUGGUUCAGGUUUCUUUUUCAAUAUUUUUAGAUUUUAUAAGUCAGACUACCCUCAAUUUUAUGUACACCCAUAA